CCUUCGUUGAGACCAGAUAAGAGAACCCAUCUCUUAAGCUUCACAGUCACCACUUUUUACCGUUGCUCCUGUUACGAACUAUAUAUAGCCCAUCUAGUGGCUACUGUGUCUCCUACCUGAAAGCAGGCUGCCUGGUGCACCGUUCUCCUGACUACAAUUCGGGAAGACAGCCCAUUAUCCCGGAUCGGGCCUUCUUGAUAGCGAAGCACGGUCCACAGUUAGUCACACUACCUUCCAGUGACCUAUCUGGGUGGUCUCAACGGUGACACUUGAGACUCGAGAAGAAGAAAUUCAAAUUGUGACUCUGGACACCCGAGCUUAGCCAGCUUCUAUACCUGAGCAAUCAUGUUGAACAUGAAUGUGUUUCGCCUCCUGGGCGACUUUUCUCAUAUCUCGUCGAAAUGCGUCCUGAUAUGGGCCAUACAUCGGAAUCAGAGCGCUGAGGGUGUUUCACUCCUUACUCAGAUGCUCUAUGCCUUAGUCUUCGUAACUCGGUACCUCGAUCUUUUCCGGAAAGACGGCUGGCAUUAUUUCUACCUUGUGUUCUUCAAGCUAUUCUAUAUUCUAUCAUCAUUCUACGUCAUCUAUAUAAUGAUGAAGGUUUUCCCCCGAACUCGGGAGAAGGAGAGGGCCUGGAAAUUGGCCAUAAUCUCCGUUGGUCUAUCCCUCGUUUUGGCCCCUGUCUCCAUCGCUAUCUUCUAUCGUGGCUACCCUCCCCGGUGGUUCAGUGAGACAUCCUGGGCCUUCUCAAUCAUUCUCGAAUCCGUCUGUGUCCUCCCCCAAUUGCUGCUCUUGCGCCAGACCACCGUUCCGACCGUCAUCAACUCAUAUUACCUGCUUAUGCUGGGAUCAUAUCGGGCAUUCUACAUUUUGAAUUGGCUUGUGCGCGGACUGGGCGCCGAGGGCCAUUGGGAUAUGAUCGCCGAUAUAUUUGGGGUUGUUCAGACCGCUUUCUAUAUCGACUUCGCCUGGGUAUACUACUCCCGCCAGCGUGUGAAACUCCGUAACGGAGGGGUGGUUGACUCGGACGACUUCCGCCACAGCUGGCUUGUAAGCAAAGUGCUCAAUUUCAGACAGCGGAGGGUGGCGGAUGAGGAGCAGAGUCUGAAUGAUGACGACUUUGAAGAAGAGAGGGUCAACGGGGAAAGACCAAAGAACAACCGGUGGGGGGCAAGAGGGAUCUCAGUCUCCGCUGACGACACGUUGGAGGAUCGACGGCCCGAUGCCCAUGGCUCGAGCCAUGAUGAUGGUCUAGAAGGGUUCUCGGAUGACGAGGAGGGUGAUGACGCUCCACCGUACCAAGCGAACAAGGGUGCUGGGGCUGCUGGCAGUCGGGACUGAACUGCUGAAUCGUUGGGCCAUGUAUAGAUCUUUGAUGCAGAUUUACGUCCCCCUCUUACUGUUUUUCGAGCACGGAUCUUGGUUCUUGGAUUCCAUUGCAUGUCUUCCUAUCUUCCUAGCUAUAUUAUCAUCCUUAAGUGACCCCCAAUGUUACGUCAACUAAUUUCCGCGAUUCCAAUUCAUUCUAG